GCAGUCUCCCUUGGAAGCCCCCACUGGACGAUACAUUCAUUUUAACUGUUUGUAAUCCUCCCCUCAUGAAGAUUAUAAUGUUAAAAAUAUUGUAGUUUGUGAGACUGCUGCGGUUGUGUUAUUUGGAGAAAUAUUUCUAAUAAUUAAUAGAAGUGUAAUCGCCUCUAGUAUUUUGUCCAAUCUAUUUAUACGUGUAGUUAGAACAAGUUUAUUGUCAUUAAGAGCCUUGACUACAGUUGUGUGCAUCAGACUUAUCGCUCCAUAUCUAUUCAAGCGAUGUCCUCCGAUGAAGACCUCAAAGGAUGGAGAAAUGUAUGCAGUGACCCUGAACUCACCAGGAGCCAUCGCUGGCACGACAGAGCCCAGUAGACAGGAGGAGAGGGAGGGAUCUGAAGAGGAGCGCCCGGACCAACUGUCCACAGCCCUGGCUGGCAGCAUGGGUGAAGAAGGGCCUCCCAGCCUGGAGUACAUCAAGGCCAAGGACUUGUUCCCCCAGAAGGAGCUGGUGAAGGAGGAUGAAAGCCUUCAGAUGCCAUUCGCAGUUCUUCAGGGGGAAGGGGUGGAAUAUCUUGGCUGUGCCGAUGAAGCCGUCAUUGCCAUUUCUAACUACAGGCUCCACAUCAAGUUCAAGGACUCUGUCAUCAACACCUACCCAGGUGUGGACAGUGAGAUAUCUGUUCCUCUCAGGCUCAUCGAGAGUGUGGAGAGCAGAGAUAUGUUCCAGCUGCACAUCAUCUGCAAAGACUCCAAAGUUGUCAGAUGCCACUUUGCGACGUUCAAGCAAUGCCAGGAGUGGGUCAAGCGCCUGAACCGGGCCGUGGCUCACCCCGCCCGGCUGGAGAACCUGUUCGCUCUGGCCUAUCAUGCCUGGUGUCUGGGAGGCAACGCUGAUGACGAAGACCAGCACAUCCAUCUCUGUCGCCCAGGUGACCAUGUGCGUCAGCGAAUGGAAAUGGAGGUCAAGAGGAUGGGAUUCGACACACAGAACGUCUGGAGAGUGUCGGACAUAAACUGCAAUUUCAAGCUGUGCUCCAGCUACCCACAGAAGCUUCUGGUUCCAAUAUGGAUCACAGACAAGGAGCUGGAGAGUGUGGCUUCUUUCAGAUCCUGGAAAAGGAUCCCUGUGGUGGUUUACAGGCACCAGAAGAACGGGGCAGUGAUCUCCCGAUGCAGCCAGCCUGAGAUCAGCUGGUGGGGCUGGAGGAACACUGAUGAUGAGUACUUGGUGACAUCCAUCGCCAAGGCGUGUCAGAUGGCCAAGGGCACCUGUGGAGCGCUAGCCUGCCGACAGCGUGGGGAAGCUCACGACUCGUCCGAUAGUGAUUUUGCUAUCGUUGGGGUCUCUUGGCUUGUGCUGGUUCCCUAUAGCAACACUGUGGUUGUGUCAUCAGACUCCUCGCUGACGGGCGGCUCUGGCUGCGAUGAAAACACCGUCCCACAGAAGCUGCUGAUUCUGGAUGCUCGCUCAUACACCGCUGCAGUGGCCAACCGAGCCAAGGGCGGAGGCUGCGAAUGUGAAGAGUACUACCCCAACUGUGAGGUGAUGUUCAUGGGAAUGGCCAACAUCCACGCCAUCAGGAACAGCUUCCAGGCUCUGAGGACCGUCUGCAGUCAGAUCCCAGAUCCAGGAAACUGGCUUUCUGCACUUGAGAGCACCCGUUGGCUGCAGCACCUGUCCGUCAUGCUGAAGGCAGCCACCCUGGUGUGUUCUGCGGUGGAGAGGGACGGCCGUCCUGUCCUGGUGCAUUGUUCCGACGGGUGGGACCGCACACCCCAGAUUGUAGCCCUCUCCAAGAUCCUGCUUGACCCUUACUACAGGACAUUAGAGGGCUUCCAGGUGCUUGUAGAGACCGAGUGGCUGGACUACGGUCAUAAGUUUGGGGACCGCUGUGGCCACCAGGAGAACGCUGACGACGUCAGCGAGCAGUGUCCCGUCUUCCUGCAGUGGCUGGACUGUGUUCACCAGCUGCUCAAACAGUUCCCAUGUCUCUUUGAGUUCAACGAGGCCUUCCUGGUCAAGUUGGUGCAGCACACGUACUCGUGUCUUUACGGGACCUUCUUGUGUAACAAUGCUCGCGAGAGGGAGAUGAGGAACAUCUACAAGCGCACCUGCUCCGUGUGGUCUCUGCUUCGCAACGGAAACAAGAACUUCCAGAACUUCCUCUACAUCCCCAGUCAUGAUAUGGUGCUGCAGCCAGUGUGCCACACACGAGCCUUGCAGCUGUGGACAGCCGUCUACCUGCCCACCUCGUCCCCCUGCACCGCGAUGGACGAUUCUAUUGAGCUCUACCUCCCCCCGAGUGUCACAGGAGAAGAACUCACCUCCCGGUCCCUGGACAGACUUCCCAAGACCCGCUCCAUGGACAACCUCCUCUCAGCUUUUGAGAACGGGAUGCCCCUGACGCGUACCUCCAGCGACCCAAAUCUUAAUAAGCACUGCCAGGAGGGUCGCUCUGCCUCAGAAUCCUCACCAGCCAUGGAAGAAACCUCUGCAGACGUCUCCGACGAGGUCACACCUGACACUGAACUGGACGGCAGUGACGGGGAGCCUCUGGAACAGGAGUGUUCCCCGGGUCCAGAGAGCUGUGAGGACGCAGUGGAGGAGCCCUGUCUCACCACACAGCCCCUGCCCUCUCUGCCCCUUUCCCUGGUCCUCCUCAGUGAGGACGUCACAUUCGCUCACAAUCUCUUCCCCGCUCCUGUCCUUCAACGCGGUUUGCCUCGGAUCACUAACCCUCCACUCCCACCACCUCCGCUGGAGGCGGAAAGCACCACCAGGACUGCUGAAAGCGCCAUGUCACCCGCUCAUAGAUCAGAGCCGUGCUUAUCUCUUCCCUGCAAGGGCACUGAAUCUGAAUCUGCACCCGCCCCGCUUCCGGACGACCACACUGAUUGCCGAGCAAAUGCCCUCCAGAUAGCCACAGACCUGCUGGUUUAUAAGCCAACGCCCGUCCAUUCCAUGGAGGACUCCACAGAGACGCUCACAGGUGAGGGAGAGCUUCCGCCCGCCCUGCCCCCCACAGUGAGGGAGGACCUCACCGAGAAUAGUUUGAAUGAUGAUGAAGAGGAGGAGGAAACGCCUGAGCCACAGACUCGGGUUCAUCCCCAGAAGGAGAAAGAGGACACAAGGACAGAUGUCGUGAAAGAGUGUGUGUUGACAGUUGCAGUAGCUCCUGUAGACGGCAACCAGGUAGCACCUCGCCACCUGAUCCCCCCGAGCCAGCUCUCAGACCUGUCCUUGCUUGGCUCUCACUGGGAGAGUGUCCAGGGUUUGGUCCAGUCCGCCUGCAGCAGUGCCAGCCACUACGGCAUCGGCCGGGCCUUGCAGCACAACACCUACCAGAGCCGUCGGCUGGCCAGUAAGCUGCUCCGCUCUCAGGGCUUCGCCAUCGCCAACGGGUCACAGAGCUGCCGCAGAGAGGCUCUCUGUUAUCCCAGCAGCCCUCUGCAGGCCGGGUGGCUGUCCGCUGCCCGGAAUGCGGGCUACGCCGCCGCCGCCGCCGCCCUCAACAGCUACUCCCUAGCAGGACAUCAGCUCCUGCCCGUGUCGUACUCCUCGCCCUCCGCUUCCAGCUCCCCUCCCCCAUCCCAGGCGCCAGCUUACCUCGAUGACGACGGGCUUCCGGUGCCCAUGGACGCCGUGCAGCAGAGACUGCGGCAGAUCGAGGCGGGCUACAAGCAGGAGGUGGAGGUGCUGAGGCAGCAGGUGCGACAGCUGCAGAUGAGGCUGGAAAGUAAACAGUACAGUACCCCUCCCUCGGAGCCCGACAUCGACUAUGAGGACGACAUUACUUGUCUGCGGGAGUCGGACAACAGCAACGAGGAGGAUUCUCUGUCCACCCACAGCGAGGACCGUCUGUCUGAGGGCAGCUGGGAUCGAGUGGAGCGCAAGGACACAGAGGUCACGAGGUGGGUGCCUGACCACAUGGCCUCCCACUGUUUCAACUGUGACUGUGAGUUCUGGAUAGCAAAGAGACGUCAUCACUGCAGGAACUGUGGCAAUGUGUUCUGUAAAGACUGUUGUCACCUGAAGCUGCCCAUCCCGGACCAGCAGCUGUAUGACGAGGUGUUGGUCUGCAACACCUGCCACGACCUGCUCCUCGAGGCCCGCACCCGCGAGAUCCGCAGCCAGCAGCUCAAGAAGGCCAUCGCCACAGCCUCCAGCUGAGAGGCGCUGUGUCGCGUGGGCCGCCUCGGCUCUGUCCUGCUCCUUUUGGACUGAUUAGCUCAGCGCCCCGUCGUGACCCCAACCCACUGUGAUUAUGGCUGCAGAGGGGAGAGGGCCGGUUAGGGGGGGUAAGAGGGGAAGCUGCAGGAAUUCUUGCUUUUUGGGAGGCUGUUUGGGAGCGGAGAUGCUCUGGGAAACGGUCUGUGGUGAGGCAGAGAGGAGGAGGAGGAGGAGGAGGAGGAGGAGGAGGAGGAGGAGGAAGAGGAGGAGGAAAGGUGUGAGAUGGAGGUGUGUCGGCGGGGGAGGUUUUCCUGGAGAACAAAACCUUCUGUUCAAAGGCUCUGAGGCGUCGAGUGGCCCCCACACGGCUCGGCCCUCUGGCGGUGCCCUGUCCGAGACACAUCUCCAACCUGCCCCCCCCCCCAUUAGAGUAACGCACUUUUAGAACACCUGCACCCUCCUUGGAGACAGUCUCGUACUUCAGAGGACAAUCUAUCACCCUUCCACGUGUCGGGACUCCAAAGCCUUUACCUGUACUACUGGAGGCUUUCAACUUUAAAAGAAAAAAAAUUUGCUGCUACAGUAUUUAAAAGUCUAAUUUUGUAUUCUUAUUUUGUGCACCAGCUGUUGUGUAUUUGAGGGGAUUUGAGACCAAACUUGAGCAAAAAGGGAGAAAUCUGCUGUUUACUUAGUCGUCGCAUCGUAUUCUUGGAGCCUGAAUGCAACACAUCAUGGAUAACUGGAUCGAGUUCAUGUUCCUGUGCAUUGGGUGGGUCAUGUGUGUGUUCACUGCUGCGAUGUGUUUUCAAAAUGAUUUAUCUGCACAGUCGAUGUGUUCCCGUCUUUAUCGACGCUUCUCUCCAGUCCAGCCACGCCGCGGCAUUCGGCGCUCUGAGGGAUGCGGUGUUGCCCGUUUGUUUGUUUUGAGGAAAGUGUGCUUGACGUGUUGAGAGGAAGAGAAGACUUCUGUAAUAUCUACUUCUGAUGUGAGAAUAUUACAUUCGAAGGUACAGUUGGCGUUCGGUGACGUUAUGUGUGAAUGAAAGACUCGGUGUCCACCUGACUGACGAAGACUCCUCAGAUUGCUAACUGGCAGUGAAGACCGUGAAAGACUGAACAAAGUGUUUGGAGAUUCUUGCUCUGCUUAGAGAAGUUUGGCCACAGUCCACUUUUCAAAAGAUGUGUUUGUGUCCCCUGGUUGUUCCUGGAGAUAAUGGUGCCAUAUUCUGUUUUGUUCUCCAUCUCGACUGCAGCAGGUUUCUUCUUGGGUCACCUAUCUCUUUGUUUUGAUGGUACAGCUAGUAAGGAGCUCGAUUGAGACGACUAUUAACAGAUGGGUCCGAUUGAUAAUGAGGCUAACUAUUUUAAUGGCUGAUGGGAUGUCAGUUAUUUAACCUGUGUGGUUAUCAUUGUGUUUUUGUUUUUUCAUACGGUGUUCAUGAAGUCAAAAUCUUUGAGAGGAACUCAGAAAUGUGACCUACAGAGGUUUCUGAUCUGUAGUGGUGGCUAAAACGUGUCACUUAAUGAAUAAUUGUUGUAAAGAAAUGCACUGUAAAAGUUAAAUCCCAUGGGUUAAAAUAAAAGAUUAUAUCGUG